AGCAGAGUUGGAAGGUUGACGUGAAGAUCAUACUGCACCUUUCUCCGUCGCUGUAUCCUCUGCUGAAACUUGGUAUGUCUGCAGAACGGAAAGAACGGCUGCAGUAGACAGAGCACACACGCGACGAAAGUGCUUGCGAAGUCCAACCGCCGAAGGCAGGUAUAAAGAUGUCCCAUCUCUUCCACCUCGAUGCUUCAGCACUCAGCUUCAUCACAUCUCCUUCCCCUCGACCACCAUCCUUAGCCUCCAUCAUCUUCCAUCAUGGGACCCACACUCAUCAAGUUCUUUUCCCUUCUUGCCAUUGCCAGCACCACCCUUGCCUCACCAUGCCCUUACGGUGAGAUGGCUGAGCGUGGCCUCCUACCCAAGAGCGAAGCCGACAAGUUUUUCGCCGCUCGUGCCAAGCGGGAGGUUGCCGUCGAAGCUCAGAUGGAGGUCCAGAUGAAAGCCAAGCGCGAUGCGGAGCAUGCUUCCCAGGAACAGUUCUACAAGAGACAACUGCUGGGUGGUCUUCUAAGCCUGGGAGGCGGGCUGCUCAACGGUGCUCUUCAGCCAUUCACUGGACAACUAGAGAAGCUUGGUGUGCCAACCCCUCAACCGGUCGGCUUGGCCGAAGUACCUGACUCAGACCAUCCCUUUCAAGCACCUGGUCCCACCGAUAUCCGUGGCAUGUGCCCGACGUUGAACACCAUGGCGAACCAUGGCUACAUCUCUCGUAACGGUAUUACUACCUUCGCUGAAGCGGCAAAUGCUUGCCAAAUCACGCUCGGCUUCGGCUACGACACCUGUGUCUUCUUGUCAGCCCUCGGCCUGCUCGCCGGCGGUGACUUGCCCAGUGGCAUGUACAGCAUUGGUGGUGCCGACUCUCGUGUGCCAAACACACUUGGUCCAUCACUGGGUAUCAGCAAGCAUGGCUUCUUCGAGGUUGACAACUCAAUCUCCCGAGAAGACGCUUACUUUGGCAACCAGGCUGACUUCCGUCUCGACCGCUUCGAGCGUCUUGUCAACAUUACGGACAAGUACGACGGCCAGUUCGGAAACUCUGCUUUUGCCGAAGAGCGUGUCUUGCUGUAUAACGAAGCGAAGAACAACAACCCAAACUUCGACGCCGGCGUCCGAUGGCUCGCUGUCACGACUGCGGAGCGUGUAUUCAUCUUCCGCGCCCUGCCGAACGGCACAGAUGAGACUAAUGCAAAUUACGCCAACGUGGCGCCAUUCUACCUCAACGAGACCUUUCCGCAUGAAUGGUUUCGUCGCUCGACAGCCUACGGUCUUGCGGACACCGGCGCAGACAUCGCCAACCUGCUCGCUAGCAGCCCGCAGGUAACCAUUCCGGGUCAAAAUGAGGGCAUCGACAACUUCGUCCCGCUCGGCAUUGAUCUCGCAUCAGUAACACCAACAGAGGCUACUUGCUUCCUCGCCAGCGCCGUCUUCGAUGAGACGCCUGGCUUCCUGUCGCCAGCCCUUGUCGACAACUACGAUCUCGUAGAGGCCUUCUUGAACGGAGCCGUUGCGCCUUUCUUCGCACCGUACGGAUGCAACACUACCGUUUCGAAGCCGGGUCCGAAUGCCGGAGACAGUACGGCUGGUGUGAGCACUGAUUGCAACGAUUUGGUCAAUGGUGUGUACCAAUGUUGAGAGGCGAGGGAUUUGACGAGAAGAUGGCAUGCUGGGUCGGUAAUGCAAUCGGGCGGAAAGGGAGCGCUGCCUGAUGCAUGACGGUUCUUUGGUUCAUGACUGCAGUCCCCAACCAGAUUGGCGGGAUUUCAGAGUCGGGCGAAGGCGCAGUGGACGGGCGUCAAUAGCGCCGGUCAUCUUGCAUUGCGGAUUACUUGUGUUUUCGUAUGCUUCAGAUACCCAGACUCUACCUCGAGACACUG